AUGAGGCAAAAUGGAGUUAUGAUGAAAGAGAUAGAAGGGCUUGAAGUGGUGGUUGCUAGUGGUGGUUUGCUGGCAGAAGAAGGAGUGAAAACAGAUUUGUCUGUACUAAAGCCAAUAGGAAGGGAGGCGCUUAUAAUAGGUAUUUCAUCCCUAAUUCUCCCUCUAAUGAUUGGUAUAGCAAUCGUACAAGUGUUCAUAGGAGAACUUACAGGAGAAAAGGAGGGUUUAGAAAAGAUUUUAUACCCUGCAAUUUUUAUACAAUCUGUGAGCCCAUUUCCAGUCAUCGCUCUCUUCCUCAAGGACCUCAAAAUCAUCAACUCAGAGCUUGGUCGAUUAGCGGUAUCUUCAGCUGUCUGCAGCGAAAUGCUAAACAUCUCUAUGGUUUGCAUUAUUAAGAUGUUUAAAUCAUUCAUGGACCUCCGACAAUCAGCAGCAGGUAUAAUUCAGAACGUUGGAUUAACCAUCGGUCUCGUACUCAUCAUCGUUGUCAUUGUCCGGCCAACAGCGCUCUGGAUGAUCAGACAGACACCAGAAGGUAGGCCUGUCCGGGACUCGUACAUUUACUCCAUCAUCCUGGUUGUUUUGCUGGCUGGUUCAUUUACUCAAUGGAUUGGACAUACUCCUAUAUUAGGGGCCAUUCUCACGGGAUUCGCCAUACCAGAUGGACCGCCACUCGCAUCUGCAUUGUCUGAUAAGCUCGAUUCCUUCGUUUCCGGUUUGUUUUUGCCGAUUUUCAUAACCUUGAUUGCCUUGAGGGUGAAUCUGCUAUCCAUCAAUCUGCGUAGCCCUUUCGCGGUUUCCACUAUCAUCAUGGUCCUUGCGACUUUCUCAGCAAAGGUUUUUGCCUGCAUGAUACCGGCAUGGAUUUGUAGGGUGCCCUUUAAGGAUGCUCUUGCCCUUGGCUUCAUCAUGAGCUCAAAAGGCAUUGUUCAGAUGUCCCUUUAUAGUAUGUUCAGAGACGAACAGAUUUUCAACGAGGAGAUUUUUGCAUUGUUGGUCAUUAGUACAGCAGUGCUAGCAAUAGUUGUUCCAAUCCUUGUAAAACAGACCUAUGUUCCAUCAAAGAGAUACACAGGGUACCAAAAAAGAAGCAUUGUGGAUUCCGAAAAUGACGAGGAGUUAAGGAUGGUGAUGUGCAUCCAUAGGCCAGGCAACAUCCCUGCUUUCAUCAACCUCCUAGACGUCUCAUGUCCGAGUAGAGAAAGCACCAUCGCAGUAUUUGUACUUCACCUUAUUGAGCUUGAAGGCCGAGCCGCUCCUCUCCUCAUCACACACCACCUUCAACAGAAAAAUGACAACACCUACUCUCAAGAUGUCAUCUUUGCCUUUCGUAAGCAUGUGAGGCAAUACCACGGCACCAUAUGGGCGCAGGCCUUCACAGCAAUCUCUCCACGCAAGCUAAUGCAUGAGGAUAUAUGCAAUCUUGCUCUUAAGAAAGUAGCUGCCCUCAUAGUAAUCCCAUUUCACUGUAAAUGGGCCAUUGAUGGCUCCAUUGAGAUGGAAGACUUCAGCCUGAGAUCCCUCAACUGCAAAAUCUUUGAUGCUGCUCCUUGCUCUGUUGGAAUCCUCAUAGACCGUGGUCGUAACCAAGUGCAGCAAGCCUCAACAACCCAAUUGUCAUCACAACGCGUUGCUGUGAUCUUCUUCGGAGGAAGAGAUGACCGGGAGGCAUUGGCUUUCGCCAUACGCAUGGUUGGAAAAUUGAGCACUCACCUAACCGUGGCUCGAUUCACUACUACGGUAGGUGGAGCAUACAGUGACAAGGAGGAAAUACUUGACUCCGAUGCAUUGGAUGAUAUUAAAAGAAUUGGCAGGGACAGUGUUCCGUAUGUCGAGCAGGCGGUGAAGGAUGGCCCUGAAACUGCAUUGAUAGUUCAUGACAUGGUGGAUGAAUUUGACCUCAUAAUAGUAGGGAGACAUAAGAAUGUCUCUUUCCCACAAAUAUCAGGUCUAGAAGAAUGGAGUGAAUUUCCAGAGUUGGGGGUGAUAGGAGACUUUCUUUCCUCAUCUGAUCACAAAGGUAGAGCAUCUGUCUUGGUGGUGCAGCAACAGCGACACAAGAUCCGCUAGUGUGCAGGAAGACAUAGCAAAAGCUAUGUACCUUGAAAAUGUAAU